AUGCAGUUCAAUGAUGAGAAUGAUGGUUUCUGUCGUCAACUGACACUCACAGAUGUUGAUCGAGCUUUAUAUGCAUUACAAGUUAAUCCAGUCUUAGUUGAAAAACACUCCAAUUCCAGCUUCAGCUCAGAAUCAUCAACAAUAUCAAAUAAACAAGAAGAAUGCGGUUGUUGUCGUCUUCGUCAAUCGAAUAAUUCUUCUCGUUCAUUUCUACCAUUAGCACGUCGUGGUCGUCCCUAUUUCUCCAGUCGAUCUCGUCGUUCACUGUGUACCAAUUGUACCGAAAUCAAACGGCAACAACAACUUAACAUUCUACCAGCUCUUUUCCAACUUCAUUCCAAUCAAACAUUUCAACUGACAAUCAAUAUGAACCUGUCGUCGGAUGAGCAGAAUGCUCUGAACGACAAUCAAUAUCUAUCCAGCCACGUACUCGUUUGGAAUAUCAGCUCAUCUGACGGAAAUUCAUCAGUUCAUCUGACUUGUGAUACUGACUCACUGGGUGAAUCGGAAAAGAAAGCACUCAUCCACGAAACUGUCCGGAAACUGCGACUCAUUCUCACCAAUCGAUCAACAACAAACACUGACCAGUUCGAAUUCACUUAUCAAACAUUACAGACAGCACUGAACAUCCUCUCGUCUUCAUCACACAGUUCGAGUUCAAAUUUAUUGUAA